UUCAUUUUGGUCUUCAAAUGGCUUCUUCUUUUAUCUUUUAUCUUCUUCUGUCACAUUGAAAAUCAUCACACCUUUUCUUGGUUUCUCACUCCCAGUUAAAUCUUUUGAUCCCUUUACCCAGUUCUUUGUAACCAGAAAUUACAAUGGCUCAAACGGUUGAAGAAGGGUAGAAGCAGAUGCCCGUUAUCACGCGUUCAUGUCUCACAGUUCCAGUUGUCACCACCAUCGGCUGCUCCCUUGAUAGUGAAUAGUGGGCAUAAAAAGGAAAAGAAUCUGAGCAUUUGGGGAGACAAUGGAUUUGCAUCUGAAGAGUCUGUUCAACAGAUUUGAGGAGCAGUUUGGGUCUGGUCCUGGUCUUGGUCCUGGAUCUGGGACUUGCAUGAUGAGAGUGGAUGGCAUUGCUCCAAAUUUCAUUAAAUCUGUAUACAAAGCUUCCGCGGCUUUGUAUAGAACUGAACCGUGGAAGAGGCUACGACCGGGUCACUUCUUUGGCAUCCGGGUUGGGAAAGAUUCGGAUUGGGCUGGCAAGAAGCAACCUUUUCCAUGUGUUCAGUUCAUUGGAGGGGAUGGAGGGGAUGUUGGAUUCUACAUGUUUAGGUCAGAGAAUGAUGCUAAGAAAAUGUUAGGGUCUAGAGAGACCAUUCACGUUCCAAAUGUCGAGGUUCUGAGGGUGACAUACGAAGUGGAGAAUUUGAUGUUCCCUUCCAAUCGGAAGAUGAUCAAGUCUUUGUCAUUGGAAGCAUCGGGGUCAGAUCGAUUUCCUGUUAUUGAUGUUGCUCGAUGCACGCCUUCUGGGGAUCUUCGAUUUAGAAAUCCAACCAUCGAAGAGCUUAGGUUUGUGUAUGCAUUCAUGAAAGCCAUUUCCCUGGUGCACUCUUUACUUCAAGUUGACAGGGAAAGUGGUCCAAAGUAUUCCACAGUGGUGUCUUUUGAACCUUUUAUAGAGACUGUUGAUGUUCAAUGGCCUCCAGAUGUAGCCAAGGGGGGUUAUGACCUUGUUGCUGUUACUAUUUCCCACCCGCCGGGACAGGCAUAUGAAGAAAGAUCUAGUAGUGCUAGUGCUGGCUCUACUCCCACCAAGUAUGUUGAACCACCUAUGGAAGACACUUUCAAUGACACAAAAGCAUACUCAGGUGCUGGCUUGAGACAGUGUGCAAUGUGUGAGAAAGAAGUGCACGGAGAACAGUCACUUUGCUGUGGGCGGUGUAGAGCAGUUGUUUACUGCAGUUCAAUUUGCCAGAAGCAGCAUUGGAACGGCACGCAUAAAAGUAUGUGUGGACUUUACAAGGCCAUGAUGGAGAGGGAAGAAGAGCUGGCUAUAAUGAUUUUCUUGUUCCCAUGUUCUGCUGACCAGCCUUGUAAGUGGCUUGAAUCAUUAGGAAUCCACCAGAAGGGUAUGUGGAGAAGAAAAUGCAGUUGCUAUUCACAUUGCCCUUUUGGUCUCCUUCCUGUGAAAGGUGGGCUGCAGGAACUAUGGGGUGGAAUUGACGAAUUUGAAUACCCUCAUGAUUCUCCGUUUAAUAACCACUUCAUCUCAAGUCCAUUUCUUCUCUCUGGUUGGUCCGAGUACUACAACCUUCGCUCACUUCCAUUGUCAAGUCCAAUCGCCGACAUUCUCUCGCAUCCAUUGACUGUGUAUCACAUACUAACUACUCUUAAUAUAAGUUCAAAGAACCUUAUAUUGAAAGGGAAAGAGGUGAUUGUCCACUACCUUGGACCUGAAGGUGAGUUGGAUUGGAUGCCAGCAUUUGCAGAAGUGGGACACUUGCUUAAUGGACUGGGCAAUGUACAAAUAGUGAUGGUGGGACCAGAAGUGCCUACAAAUUUGUCAGGUACAACCUCAGGAAUAGGUAGCAGAGUUAGAGUGAAUCUUGUAAGGGGUGUUUAUCAGGUAGAAGCCUCAUACCUACCUUCUCCACAUGUUGUCAUUGCUCUAAAUUCUAGAUUAGAUAGCUAUUCUAGUUGGGGUGGAGCUAUUGAUUUAAUCAAAUCACUGGGGGUCCCUGCUUUCUUCACUGAUCAAUCUGAACUUUCAUGUGUAAAUGCUAAGCAAGUCCUUCGUAACGCUGGAUUGCACAUUACGCAUCCAGUUACUCCAAAUCCUUUCCGGUCCCCUGUGAAAAAUCUCACUGCUUCUUUCAAUCUUCCUUCAUACAGCAAUGGUUUUGUCUUUGGGGUGAAUACUUGAAUGCAGUCUUAGAAAUUCAAAAAACAAGUGCCUAUCUAUUGUCAUUGUCACGCAUUCUAAGAUUGCAGCCAGCUUCAAAUUUUUUGUGCUGUCAUGCAAUUUGUUGACAGCACAACAAACUAGAAAAUCCUUCUAAAAUUUGUUGAAUUAUGUAUAUUGAUUCUGUUUGGUAUCUUGCGUCUCGAGUGGGCUGAGUUCUUUGGUUGUUUUCCUCUUAUCACAUUGAAGUCUGUAUCAGUUGUUUUGGUAUAUUAAUAUGAUUGUGCUCAACUCCUUGUGACCAAGUUGUUCUGGAAAGAAAUAAAGCAAUGUCGGAAGAGUUAUCCAAUGAAA